AUGCGAGCAGCCAGGUAUUAUGGGAUUGAGGAUAUGAGAGUUGAGGAGAUCGAAGAGCCAACAUGUGGAAACGGCCAAAUCAAAGUGAAGCCAGCCUUUGUUGGAAUCUGCGGGACUGAUCUCCACGAGUUCCUCGGCGGGCCAACAUUCGCUCCCCACACCCCUCAUCCGGUAACGAAAGAAACAAUCCCCAUAACUUUUGGUCACGAAUUCAGUGGCACAAUCGUCGAAGUCGGCCCCGGCGUAUCAAGCAGCAUCAAAGUCGGACAGCGCGUGGCCGUACAACCCACCAUCUUCGACGGUACCUGUGGAGCCUGCAAACGGGAUUUACCAAAUGUAUGCUACAACGGCGGCUUCGUAGGCUUGUCCGGCUGGGGAGGCGGGCUCAGUGACGCCUGUGUUAUACCUGCCGAUUAUGCAGUGCCAAUCCCGGAUAAUAUUCCUUUGGACGUAGCGGCACUGGUUGAGCCUCUAUCUGUAGGCUGGCAUGCUGUUUCGCAGAGCCCAUUGAAACCAGACAGCAAUAUUUUGAUCCUUGGAGGUGGCCCAAUCGGAAUUGCUGUAAUUCUCGCACUUCGCGCUCGAGGGUGCGGUAAGAUUAUCGUUUCCGAGCCAUCGUCCCAACGCCAGAAGUUUGAUACGCAUUUUGGCGCGGAUGUUAUUCUUGAUCCGAGGAAAGAUGAUAUCGUGAAGACAGCCCAGGAGUUAACGGGAGGGGAGGGAGUCGAUAUUGUGUUUGACUGUGCUGGCGUGGCAGUGGGCCUUACGGCGGCCUGUAAGGCGAUCAAGGUGAAGGGGACAGUGGUUAACGUUGCUAUCUGGGAGAAGGCGGUUCCGUUCCAGCCGAAUGAUUUGGUAUUCAGAGAAGGGAAGUAUGUCGCAUGUUUAGGAUACGUGAAGCAGGACUUUAAGGAUGUCAUCAAAGCGCUUGGGGAUGGACACAUCAAACCCGCCGAUAUGAUCACCAGUAAAGUCCCGCUAGAACGCGUAGUUGAAGACGGGAUCAAUGAGUUGAUCAAGAAUAAGGAGAAGCAUGUCAAAGUGCUCGUGCAGAUCUGA